AUGGCAAGAUUAUCAUCGGCAUCGCACCACGCGCCCAGCAGCGUGUCCCCAGAACGGGGCGUCGCCGAACUCAGCCAGCUCCUCCGUCGGCUCGAUCAGACAAUCCUCCAUACAGAUGAGGUUCGCGAGAAGAGGCUACGUGCUAGCGAGUUCGAGCGCGCAAGGCUAAACUCGAAUUUGGAAUAUGCCAGAAGCCUCCUCACCCGCGUCGAGCAGGAGACACUGCAUGUCAAGACUCUCUCCCGCAGGCAGGAGAUACAGGCAGAUCUGAACCGUAAGCGGGAGAUACUUGAGAGACUGAUGGAUAGGAUGCAUGAUCUCGAACAGCUACACGAAGAUGACGACGGAAAUAGCUCUGACGGGGAGGAUAUUCUCUCCGAAAUCAUCCCCACGCCGAGCGAGAGCAUGGACUCGAGGUCAACAGACAUACCCACCGAAGACACUGGCGACCAGGACGAGGAGGAAGAGGCUCUGAAUCUCCCGCCGCCCGUCGCCACAUCCUCUACUGCUGCGCCGGCCCCGAUGGCAGAAGCACCACCACCGGCGGCAACAGAAACAGCAGAGCUAUCGCCACAACAAUCGAUAGAAAUGGGCACAACAACAUCUCAAAAUCUCCGUUCCCGCGGAGCGAGGCCACCAUCUCCGGCAUCAACAUCCACAGCAACAGCUCGCGCGGCGCUAUUUGCCUCCCGGCGAAGCAACACCAUCAAAUCCACAGCAUCGGGCCCGGCGACAUCAACAGCAACGGCGGAGGCGAUACUGGACCAGCAGCGCGCAGAACAGGACGCGCUAUCGGAGUCGAUUCUCAAGAUGGCGAGCUCGUUGAAGGCCAGCUCUCAGCGAUUCUCAAACACCCUGGAGCAGGACAAGAACGUGCUUUCGAGGGCGGGCGAGGGCAUGGAGAAGACGGAGCGCGGGAUGGACGCUGCGAGCCGGAGAAUGGGCACGCUGCGGAAGAUGACGGAGGGCAAGGGAUGGUGGGGUCGUAUGAUGCUGUACGCGUGGGUUUACGGACUCAUGGUCGCAUUGGUUCUGUUGGUCUUCGUGAUGCCCAAGCUGCGGUUCUGA